CGUGUUACCGCCUGUUGCAUUUGCAAUUUCCAAAAUUCCAAUCCACUUUUUUGCAGACUUCCGAUCCUGUGAUCGUACGAGAGCGCAUUUUAUUCUGUUUUUUUUUGCGUCAAGAUUUCAGCUUCACUUCGUCCCCUACUGCACUUUUUUUCGCGACGUUAUUUGCAAGUACAAAGAAAGAUGUCAGAUCUUACAGAAGUAACAAGUAAUAAAAGUUUUGGUGGUUUUCAAAAGGUGUUCAACCACAAAAGCAAGGAGUUAGAGUGCCAAAUGAACUUCGCCAUAUAUAUUCCACCACAAGCCAAUGCAGGAAAAGUGCCUGUAUUGUAUUGGUUGUCAGGUCUAACCUGCACUGAGGCAAACUUUACAGCUAAAGCAGGAUGUCAAAGAAUUGCUUCAGAACAUGGAAUCAUUAUUGUUGCUCCUGACACAAGUCCACGUAACUGUAAUAUCGAUGGAGAAGAUGAUGAUUGGGAUUUUGGGACUGGAGCUGGUUUCUAUGUUGAUGCAACUGAAGAGAAAUGGAAAAAGCACUACAGAAUGUAUUCUUACAUUACCAAAGAGCUUCCAGCUCUUGUAAACGCUAAUUUUCCUGUUCUCGAAGGCCAAAUAUCAAUAUUUGGACACAGUAUGGGUGGACAUGGAGCUCUGAUCGCUUUUAUAAAAAAUCCUGGUUUGUACAAGUCUGCUUCGGCAUUUGGACCAAUUUGUAACCCAAUGAACUGUCCCUGGGGACAGAAAGCAUUCAGUGGCUACCUGGGAAGUAAUAAGGAUUCUUGGAAGGAAUAUGAUGCAACAGAGUUGAUGAAAACUUACAAAGGCCCAAAACCUGAGAUUCUUAUUGAUCAGGGAUUAGGAGACAAUUUUUAUGAUGCAAAGCAGCUCCUUCCUGAAAACUUUAAGAAAGUUUGCGAGGAGGUUAAUUAUCCACUGAAUCUGAGAAUGCAUGAAGAAUAUGACCAUAAUUAUUAUUUCAUCUCCACAUUCCUGGAAGAUCAUGUGAAGCACCAUGCUAAAUAUUUUGAACGUUAACUUUCUAUUGCAAUAUGAAAUUAUGUCUUGAGUAGCCUAAAUAUCUAGAAAAACAACUCAAUUGUGUGUAUGUUUUCUGAGUAAAAUAAAUAUU